AAGAGAAAGGAAGAGGAGGAUAAGAAAAAACAAGACAGUGCUUUGCCCAGUGAGGGCACUUAGCACCACUCCUUCCGGUUCAUCCGUUAUAAGAAGCCUGACUGCCUGGGAAGGAGGCAUCUUUUAUAAUGGAGCUCCAGUGAAGCAACCUUCAUUUCUGCAACUACAAGUCAAAAACGUUUUCGUUUCUAUUUCACCUAAAGGUUGGCUGUACAAUUGCUCAAUUAAAUGGUGUCCUGACUUCUUCUCCUUCUGCGACUUGUCAUUCCUGCACCCGGCCACACUAGUUACAGGUGUUUCUUAGCCAUUCCGCCUUCAUCACCUCUAUAGUGCCACCAAGAACAGCAAGACAAUGUGUAAAGAUCUGUACUGUGGCUCAUCAUUCUGAUGUGUUAUAGCAUAUAGUUACAAGACCGAUCUGAUUAAGGUCGCGUCUCCUGACGCUCUCAGAACACUCUUUGGUCAGCAGAGAAUCAUGAACAGUACCUGUAAUAACAUCGACUUUAACUCGGACAGAAUCUUCUUCUGCAUCCUUUAUGGCUUCAUCUUCUGCAUCGGGCUUCCCGUUAACUGCCUAGCCGUGUUUGGCCUGUACCGUCUAGUGAAGUCCGAGAACGGUCUGCCCAUUUAUGUCAUUAAUCUCCUGCUCUCUGAUAUCCUUCAAAUUUUUACGCUUCCUUUGUGGAUUCACUACUACAGCUAUGGACACCAGUGGUAUUUUGGAGCUACCUCCUGUAAGAUUAUGGGCUGCAUUUUCUAUAUUAGUCUCUAUGCCAGCAUCUUCUUCCUUUGUUGCAUUGCACUGGAGCGCUACCUGGCUAUUGCCCACCCUCUGAAGUUUCCAGCCAUCCGCCGGCUGUGGUUUGCCUGCCUCCUUUCUCUGUCUUUGUGGACGUUUAUUACCAUAAUUCCUGCAGUGGCCUUUAAGGUGCUUUUCCCAGAAAGCAACAACAGCUUGUGCAUUGAGAAGUACCCCUCCAAGAAGAACUUCAUCGCCUACCGGAUAAUUACCUUGAUUCUCUCUUUUUUCUUUCCGUUGGCUUUUCUUCUUUUCAUGUACCGCGGCACUCUGAGAAGUCUUAGUCAUGUCCAAUCUGUAAAUAAAUCUGAGAAGAAACGCAUCAGAGGCCUGCUCAGUCUGCUAGUGCUGAUAUUCCUGCUGGUGUUCGGACCCUACCACCUCACUGGCUGUGUCAAGUACAUUGGUUUGGUGUUCAGCAGUGACAUUUGUGAGUUUGAGGCUCGCAUCUUCAUUUUCUAUCAAGUUGGCAGGGGGUUUCUUAGUCUGAACAGCCUCUUAGACCCCAUCCUGUAUAUAUUCCUCAGAAUGGAUUUCCAGAAGCAGGUCCUCUAUUUUUUUCCAUGCUGUCAGAAGUUUUUCAGCCUGAUCGGCAGCAAAAGUGAAGCUGAGCCCAAUGGCACCAUCAGAAUGUCAGAGCAUACUGAUAGCACCGGCCGGUCUCUUUAGGCUGUGCUGAUCAAGUUCAAGUUGGCAUGGGGUUAUAGGAGCACUCAUGCAGUCGCCGCUAUGAACAGCACCUAAUUUGGAUUUAUUAUCAGAACAAUUGUGACAAAAACAAGCCAUCCAGCUCCAUAACUCGUCCAUCCUAUUCACUGUAGAUUCUCGAUUUUAGAUCAAUGUGUUUUAAUAUGGAUUCUAAGAAAUUGCAGAUGAGUUUAGAGAUGUUUGUACUGAACCUAGGGCUGCCCAUAUUGAAUCAAUGAAUGAAUAAAGUGAAUUUGGAACUCGUAAUAUUGAAUCAGUAUAGCAUGUGUGGAGAGAGGUACUGUACAUUCAAUGCAUCCUUGGGCGCCAUGAGGCUCUGGAGGGAUACAGUAAAUCCAAGAUUAAGCAGGCUAACUCUCCCCUUAGGAAUAAUACAUCCUGGGCUGUGACUACUGAGUCUGGGCCUAGCCAUACUAAAUCCCAUAUUGGGCAUUGAAUGUUUAGAGUUAGCCUAGCCUUUAAAUCUGUGGGUGUGCAUAUUCAGUUUGAGGAUGGAGAUAGUGAGUCCAUAACUGAGCACACUAAAUCCACAACCUGGCACAGUCAGCCUUUGACUGGAUGAGCUGUGUCUGGUGAUACUCUUACUCAUUAUGUGCCUUGGUAUAGGAAAUCUGGAGCAGACAAUACUGAACUUAUGUCUGCACCUACAGUAGUAAGAUUGAGAGUAAGUAUACAUCUGAGCAUGCUGUAUCUGUAACGAGGGCAGCUGACCAAGGCCACAUUAACCCAAUGGGCUAAAGGGUCUACAGCAGGGCCUCGUCCACAAGGUGGCACCCUCAACAUGAUGCCAAAGGUAAAUUUUUUGUUUCAAAAGUACAAUUAAAAGAAAAAGUGUUAGAAAAAAAGCUUAUGGUUGAUAGAAUUUUAAAUGUCUAUUUGAGCACUAUCACCAUUAUAUUACACUGCCUCACAAUGUCAGACUGAAAGACUAAAGGUGGGUCACAUAAGCGCAAUUGAAAAGGUAGGCACCACUGUGAUGGCGUGGGUCCUGCUCCAUGCUCUCACCUUACUUCUGACAGCCUCUCGAACCCAACGCCGUCGGUAAUGUAACCGGAUGAGCUGUACAAUGAGGACAAAUCACGC